GAAGACUGGGGGACUGGCAGAGUUCCUGCUUCACCCAAGCUGAUAUCAAAGGGCAACAGGGCUGUCCUAGAAGGGCCCACACUCAGACCAAAGCCAGAUGCGGGACUGAAGCACCAGAGGAAAUACAAGAGCAUCAGGAACCCACAGUGAGGCUGCUAAGAUGGAGAUUCCCAAGACUGGUGUGGAAACACUCUAUCCUGAGUUUGUAGUAGAAGUGGGCAGAGUGACUUUUGGAGAAGAGAAUAGGAAGAAAAUGACCAACAGCUGUUUGAAAAGAACUGAGAAUCUGAAUAUCAUCAAGGCUACAUGUGCACUGCUAAAUUCUGGUGGGGGUGUGAUCAAAGCUGAAAUUCACGAUAAAAACUACAAUUACCAAUGCCAUGGGCUGGGGCAUGAUUUGGAAACUUCUUUUCAAAAGCUCCUUCCUUUCGGUUCACAGAAAUACCUUGACUACAUGCAGCAGGGGCACAAGCUCUUGAUUUUUGUGAAGUCCUGGAACCCAGAUGUUUCCAGCCUCCUCCCUCUAAGGAUUUGCAGCUUGCGCUCCAAUUUGUAUCAGAGAGAUGUGACUUCUGCCAUCAACUUGAGUGCCAGUAGUGCCCUGGAGCUUCUGAGAGAGAAACAGCAUGCAGCCCAAAGAGGAAGACGGAGGCUGCAUCCUCCGAGGGCUCCCAACAGCAACCUUCAGGAAGAGGAAGAUAUGAAGAUGCUUGCUUCAGAAGUUUUUAAAAAAGACAGGCUCAUGUAUAAGGAGAAGCUUAACUUUACUGAGUCAACACAUGUUGAAUUUAAAAGGUUCACCACCAAAAAGGUUGUUCCUCGGAUUAAAGAAAUGCUGCCUCAUUAUGUUUCCGCAUUUGCCAACACCCAAGGAGGAUACCUAAUUAUUGGGGUUGAUGAUAAGAGCAAAGAAGUGUUUGGGUGUAAGAAAGAAAAAGUGAAUCCUGACUUAUUAAAAAAAGAAAUAGAAAACUGCAUAGAAAAAUUGCCUACAUUCCACUUCUGCCAUGAGAAGCCAAAGAUUAACUUCAUUACCAAAAUCCUGAAUGUGUACCAAAAAGAUGUCCUGUAUGGUUAUGUCUGUGUGGUUCAGGUAGAGCCCUUCUGUUGUGCAGUGUUUGCAGAGGCCCCGGACUCCUGGGUCAUGAGGGACAACGCUGCCACCAGGCUAACGGCUGAGGACUGGGUGCUCAUGAUGCUGGAUAUUCCAUCAGCUCCUUGCAAUUUGGUCACAGACUCCAAUGCUCACCUGAAGUCGCCAGCUUCGUCUGCUUUCAGGAGCCCAGUGUGUCCCACAAAAGUCCUGGAGUUUAAGGGUGCUUUGCAGCGACAUUUGUUUCCAGUGACACAGAAAACGAUACAAUUUAAGCCAGAAUCCUUCUGUAAGAAGCUCUUCUCAGAUCACAAAGGACUGGAGGACCUUAUGAAGACACAGACGUAUCCUUACUCUCAGGGGAUCGUGGUAUUUUCCAGGAGCUGGGCUGGUGAUGUUGGCUUGAGGAAAGAGGACAGAGUCCUGUGCGAUGCUCUCCUAAUAGCACUUCAUAGCCCCCUGGUACUCUACACAGUCCUAAUAGACCCCAGCUGGGCUGGCGGUCGUGAAUAUGCCUGGAACGUGGCUCUUCAUUUAAAGCGGAAACUGCAAAGUGUUGGCGGCUACCCAGGGAAAGUGGGUAUCAUCCCAAGGCUGAUUCAGCUGGCCAGCACGUGGUGUGGACCUGGGGAUGGCUCUGUGCACUACCCCCAGUCCUACCAGCUUGCUACUGAGGAUGACAUGGAAGACUUGUUGCAGGCCCUUGUGGUGGUCUCGCUGUGUUCUAGAUCUCUCUUGAGCCACCAGCUGGGCUGUGAAUUUUUCAACCUGCUUAUAGCUGAGCAGUGUGAGGUGCUUUCCCAGAGCCUUCAGGAGACCCGAGAAUUGUUCAUCCACUGCUUUCCAGGAACCAGGAAGACUGCACUAGCCAUAAAGACCUUGGAGAAAAUUAGAGACUUGUUCCACUGCAAACCAAAAGAGAUCCUGUAUGUUUGCGAAAGUGACUUCCUAAGGGAUUUUGUAAUCCACCAGACCGCCUGCCUGGCUGUGACCCGGAAAACCUUCAUGCAAGGGGAGUUUCCAAAGAUUAAGCACAUAGUGAUGGACGAGACUGAGAAUUUCUGCAGUAAAUAUGGAGAUUGGUACUCGAAGGCCAGGAGCAUCACCCAUCCAAGAGUGAGAGGGGCUGGAAAUGAAGACCUUCACCAUGGGAUUCUCUGGAUUUUUCUGGACCCUUUCCAAGUCCGUCACUCGGAUGUCAAUGGCCUCCCUCCUCCACCUGCUCAGUUUCCUCGGAAAACAAUCACCAAUGGGAUCCACUGUGCUCAAGAAAUAGCGAAGGUCAUGAAAGGAGCAAUGAAGAGGAUCACAGAGAACCCUCCCUCCAACAUGUCUCCACACACGUUGGCACUGUUCAGGGAAGCUGCCUGCGGGGAGGCACUGGGUGCACACGCUCUGCCCGGGGUGUGUGAGACAAAGGCGGACCUGACGGUAGAACAAAUAGCGAAUUACGUGGCGGAAAGAUGUCACGGCUUGUUCCAGUGUGGCUAUCUCCCCAAAGAUGUAGCAAUUCUGUGCAGGAGAGAGGAGGACAGAGCACGCUAUAAGCUUGCGCUGCUAAGAGCGAUGGAAUUAACUGAGACCCACAGUGCAACCGAGGUGGUGUUCAGCCAGGCUGCUGGUGUUCAGGGCAAACACAUCAUUUUAGAUGGCGUGCACCAGUUUUCAGGCCUACAUAGGAACAUUGUGUUUGGACUUAGUCCAGAGCAACGCCUGUCAGAGGAAUUCCACCAGCUCUGCUUUGCCUCAAAAGCCAUUAAACACCUCUAUCUGCUUUAUGAAAGGGGGCAGGUUUCUGAAAAUUAUUAUAAAUAAUACAGGAGGCCAGAAAGCACAGAGCCCCUUCUCCCAGACAAGCAGCAACUACUCCUUUUUACUAUUGCAAGUAAGGAAAUCAAAGCACAUCCCUAAUGCCUGGGGCCAUAGAAAUGUCUCUUGGGACUGACUCUAUGGGGCUGCCUCCUGUUCUCCUAGAGCACUUCUCUAUCCUGUACGAUUACAACAGACUUAUCAUUGGUUCCUGGCCUCCAGUUUUCUCUAGUCCACUCGAGCUUUCAGCCUGUCAACCAGAGAGCUGGUUUUAUGAAACCCCCUGCUAAUGUACUAUCAGUGAGUCUCCACAGCUUUCAAACCAAACCAACUUUCAAGGCUUCCUGUGGUACACCCUGACGUGCUCUCCUAACCACACCCUUUAUCAUUUCUCCAUUUCCUACUGUUUCUAUGCACCUCAUUGGCCUACUUUACGAGUGGUCGUAGGGUACCCUUCAGGCUAGUUACUUUGUGUGUCUCAAUGACACACCUUGGCUGGCACUUUGUAAUUGGAUGUUAUGGGUCCAGAACUUGGUAUCUUCUUUAUACCAAGUAUAGACCAGUCUCUUGGGGGCGAUUUGAUGUGAAGCAAGAUCACAAAAGACCAGUGUGUGAAUGAAAAUGCCACCCUGCUAACGUACAGUGCGGACUGCAAUAACAAGUGGGCUGGUGCUUUUGCUAGUCAGUGCAUGAGCAGUCCCAUAGGAAGCCAAUUCUGUGAGCAUACUCUUGCAGUAAGAACUGCUGGGACUCCAAUUCAAAUGCAAGGAGUCUUCAGGCUACAUCGUCUGGGUCUUUAAGGGGCCUUUGCACAUCUCUGAUCUCCCCCCUAUGAGCUGAUGUUAAUUUUAUAAUCAAACUCUCAGAGCUCACAGGAAGCCUGGAUGGCAACUCGACCACCUACACUGCCAGUACACAAUCCUGGUUCCUGGCCUCUGCCUGUGCCUUUUUCUCAGGCUUUAAGCCCUUUCCUGGGCUUUCUUCCACCUUUGAAAUCCUUAUUCCACCAAUCAAGGCUUUGUUCAAAUGCCCACCUCCUCAGUGAAGCCCCCACUGGUCCCCUAAAUUAAACUCUCAGUCGCUCUUCUUGGGCCACUCUAUAGUUUUAGAAAAAUAUCUUGAUGCUCCAAACUCAUUUCAAAUUGUGCCAGAAUUGUUCUGUUCUUUCAAAAAUCUAUGUAAUAACUUAUUAUAUCUGCUUUUGUUAGAAAUGAAACCAAAGUUUCCUUUCUCUUAGCUCCCCAAAACAACUGAGCCAAUCCUGUGCUCUCCAAUACAAUCUUUCAUGAUAACGAUUUUUAAGUUUCUUGGGAAAUACUCCCAUUUCCAGACUGUUUUUAACUUUAGAAAAGUGCUUGAUUCAUGCCAAGGAACUUGAAUCUGGGAGAGUGGAAACAUUCUUUUGGUUGCAAUUUCAGAAAAGCCCCUCAAGCAGGCUUGUAGGAUCCUCCGAGCUGCCACUCUGAACUGCCUGAGCCUGCCAGAGGGGCCAGUCUGAACCUGGAGGCAGCUGUCCUAGACAGGGACUGGACAGAAAACCUUCCCCCUGCCUAUGCCACUGCAGUUAUUUAGCUUUUCCUCCUUUUUACCUUUCCUUGGGGGAUUAAGGUGACUUUUGGGUAGGAAGAAGUAAAGUUCAGCAAUUAAUUAGUGUUUGAUAAAGCAAAAUAUACCAGUGUAUUAGCAUUCUGACUUAGGGAGAUGUGUGAGUUCUGCAAAAUAAGUUAAAAGUAGACAAGGAUAAGGGAUAUAUGGGAGGGACAGGGAAAUGCUACAUUUUAGUCAUAAGCCUAUAAGCAUGCAUUAUCUAAUUUUGGACAAAGUAAUUGAUUUUUUAAAAGAUUUAUUUAUUUAUUUGAAAGUCAGAGUUACACAGAGAGAGGAGAGGCAGAGAGAGAGAGAGAGAGAGAAAGAGAGAGAGUCUUCCAUCCGAUGGUUCACUCCCCAAUUGGCCGCAAUGGCCAGAGCUGUGCCAAUCCAAAGCCAGGAGCCAGGAGCCAGGAACUUCUUCCAGGUCUCCCAUGUGGGUGCAGGGGCCCAAGCACUUGGGCCAUCUUCCACUGCUUUCUCAGGCCAUAGCAGAGAGCUGGAUCAGAAGUGGAGCAGCAGGGACUAGAACCGGCGCCCAUAUGGGAUGCUGGUGCUUUAGGCCAGGGCAUUAACCAGCUGUGCCACAGUGCUGGCCUUAGUAAAUAAUUAUUAAAUAAUUAUUUUAAAUACUGAAUUUGGAACCAUCUUUGUCAGUUCUUGAUCUGAUUAAACCGUUCAACCAGGAUAAAGUUUAGAAGACCCAUGUCUAGAUCUUACCCCUGGCUACUAACUAGAAUUACCUCCCAGUGACUAGGGGGAGCUGUCGUGGCACAGCAAGGUUAAGCUGCCAUUUGGAAUACCCACCUCCCACAUCUGGGUGUCUGAAAUGUAGUCCCGCCUCUGCUUCUGAUCUGACUUCUUGCUAAUGUGUACUCUGGGAGGCAGCAGGUGAUGGCUCAAAUUUUGGGUCUCUGCCACCCAUGUUGGAGACCUGAAGGGAGAUCUGGACUCUUUGCUUCAACCUGGCCAAGCCUUGGCAUCUGAGGAGUGGAUCAACAACAAGAACAGCUUCAGGUCAGAUAAGAGACCAUGAGACCAACUAAAUUAGCGUCUCUGCGCUAAAGUUUAGGCAUCAGUGUUGCCCAGACGAUUCUAAUGUGCCGCUAGGGUGGAGAACCAUUGAAUCCUUGGCCUACCAUAUAUGUACUUCCUGUCCUCAAGUAGAUGUGUACAUACUUCUGUUUCCUGUAGACUGUGAGCUCCUUAAGGACGGGCACUUACACAUCUUGAUUUCCCUCCAAGCACCUAGUGCAGUGCCUUGCGCAUAACAAGUACUCAGUAACUAUUUGUUGGAUGGACUUGAUGCUUUCAUAAAAUUAGAAUCUGCGAGGGAAAAGGCUUCCAUUCAGUGAGUGAAUAUCUACUUUUAGAGAUUUCGAAGAGGUCAGUGUGGAGAAUCAUCUUCAACACUGUAAUAGUGAGGACUAAGAAGAUGAAGGCAAUUAUAUUGUUUUUAGACAAUAGGCAAAGUUAAAGAUCUAUGACAAUAGCUCAUUAGAUUUGAAUUUGAGACUUGGAAUUGGUGGAGACUAAGAAUAACAAAGCUGGUUGUACUUAGAAUUCUAAAUUUUUCUACAAAACCUUACUAUUAUGGAUAACACAACUGGUUUGAUGAAAUAACUAAGAUACAAGAGUUGUUAGCCAAAAAGGGGGAAUGCUAGUAAAAUGGUGUCAUCUUAUCUGUGGGGUGAUCUAUGUCCUGGACACCAUCCUAGGCUCUAGUCCUGGUGGCCAUUGCUGGAACCCAGGGGACCAGAGGGCCCAACAACAGGUGUCAGCUCCACCCCCACCCUAAUGGGAUUCGAUGCUCCUGCUUCUCUGACCCUGGCAAAGGUUUAACAGGACCUGUUUCCAGCACACUCUCUGAUCUCCAGAGUGCUCUCUCCUGAUCUUUCCCUUACUCUCUUGCCCUCUCCCCGACACCCCGACCCCCACCCCCACCGGUCAGGCUUCCCCUAUCUGACAAUAAAUCUUUCCCUUAA